GAGUAGGAGGGCCCAACCGCCGCCGAGCAGCGGAGGAUGAAAGCCACCGGCGGGACGGAGAGCCGACCGGAGCCGAACCACGGAGGAGGCGACAUGACUGCGGAAUAAACAGCGAGAGGACACCGCUGCGCCUGUCGCGGCCCGCUGUCAGCAUGUCUGGGCCGGCCGGACCCGCACCGCCCGCCGGGGCCGGCCCGGAGCUGCCGGACCUGAGCCACCUGACGGAGGAGGAGAGGAGCAUCAUCCUGUCGGUGAUGGAGAGGCAGAAGAAGGAGGAGGAGAAGGAGCAGAGCAUGCUUAAGGAUCAGGAGGAAGUGAAACCUCCCUCAGCUGCGUGGAAUCCGUUCUCAGGGUUCAGUCAGUUGGUCAAUAACGUUGCCACCAACGUCUCUGAAGUUCUGCAGGUUAAAAGUCCGACAGACGACGAGUUGCAGACGAAGCUACAUCAGCAGUUUGAGAUGUACAAAGACCAGGUGAAGAAGUUGGGGGAGGAGCCUCCGGCGGCUCAGAUGGCGAGGGCGGAGUCUCCCACCUGCGGCGUCUGUCGCAAGACAAAAUUCGCCAACGGCUGCGGCCGAGCCUGCUGCUACUGUCAGAGUCUGUUCUGCGCCCGCUGUGGUGGGCGUGUCCAGCUGAGGGCCAAUAAGGUGAUGUGGGUGUGUAACGUGUGCAGGAAGCAGCAGGAGAUUCUCACUCGGUCGGGGGAAUUUUAUUCAAACACAUCACUGCUGUCUGUCAACCACAGUCCACACGGGGCUCCACACCCACCGACGCUGGCCCCACCAGGAGCCACGGGGCUCCUAAGCAAUGGAGCCACAGAGCGGAGGCGGAGCCCCUCAGGGUCGUACUAUGAUGGUGGGGGGGGCAGGAUGCUUACCUCACCCUCGGACCUCGGUCUGGACCGCCAUGCUCGCUCACCACACGGCUACCACGUUAACGGGGAGGAGGAGCUGCGGGCCCGGAGACGACCAAUCAGAGAUGGGAGAGGCCGCUGGCACUCACAGGACCACCCUCUGGACCAGGUUCAGGAUGAGCGUGAGCUGCGGCGGCGGCAGGAGGAGGAGUUCCAGGCUCGUUACCGUAGCGACCCCAACCUAGCUCGUUACCCAGUAAAGCCACAGCCAAGCGAGGAGGCCAUGAGGAUGUUAGCUCAGGUCGGCAGGGUCCGCCACCAGCGUCGCCACAGCGAUGUCUCCCUGGCAACACCUGAGCCAGACCACAUGACUCUACGACAUACAGCUCUCUGUCAGAACCGGCCGCCGGGAGGUCAGAGGUCAUUCUCUGUGGACCGAGCAGCCAAUCACAUCAGUCCAACGUCUCCCCGCCGCAGUCCAUUACCACAGCAACACCUGGACCCAAGCUCCGCCCUCAAGAGGAAACAGGCUAACGACAGCGCAGUGCAGAGGGGGCGGAGGAUGGGAAAGAUGCACGUGAUUGGCAGCUUCAGCAGCUCGGAGGAGGAGCUUGUGACCACGCCCGAAUAUACCAGCUGUGACGAACACGACAGAGACAUGGACAGCCAAUGGUGGGAUCAUGGUACCUGGCAUGGCGAGCCUGGGCCCAUGUCUAUGCAGCCGGUCACAUGGCAACCGUCCAAGGAUGGAGAGCGUCUGAUUGGCCGAAUUCUGCUGAACAAGAGAAUGAAGGACGGGACGGUUCCAGCGGAUACAGGAGCGCUGCUGGGACUCAAGGUCGUCGGGGGAAAGAUGACAGAGUCCGGACGCCUCUGUGCUUUCAUCACCAAGGUGAAGAGAGGAAGUCUGGCUGACACCGUAGGCCACCUGAGACCAGGUGAUCAGGUUCUGGAGUGGAACGGUCGGGUUCUUCAGGGGGCCUCAUUUAAUGAAGUCUACAACAUCAUCCUGGAGUCCAAACCAGAGCCACAGGUGGAGCUGGUGGUGUGCCGACCAAUUGGAGAUGUUUCCAGAGCAGCAGACGCCUCUCAUGUCCAGCUGGACUCCAGUUCCAGUUCCUUCGACUCCCAGAAAGUCGGUCCAUCCAUUUCUGUCACGUCUCCCAUGAGCCCCAGUGUUCUCUCCGGACAGGUGUCUACUCUCAACAGGCAUCCUCUGGUUCCCAGGAUUCAGGUCAAGCUGUGGUACGAUAAAGUCGGUCAUCAGCUGAUUGUAACUGUUCUCGGAGCCAAAGAACUUCCUGUUCGGGAAGACAGCAGACCAAGGAACCCCUAUGUCAAGAUCUACUUCCUGCCAGACAGAAGCGAUAAGAGUAAGCGAAGGACAAAGACGGUGAAGAAGUCGGUGGAACCUCGGUGGAACCAGACCUUCAUGUACUCUCCGGUCCACCGACGCGAGUUCAGAGAGCGGAUGCUGGAGCUGACGGUCUGGGACCAGGCUCGAGUCCGAGAGGAGGAGAGCCAGUUCCUGGGAGAGGUCCUGAUCGAGCUGGAGUCGGCUCUGCUGGACGAUCAGCCUCACUGGUACAAACUGCAGCUGCAUGACAUGUCGUCGGCGCCGCUGCCCAACGCCUCCCCCUACCUGCAGCGGAGGGGAAUGCAGGCCGAGCACGCUCCCAGCAGCAGGAGGCUGCAGAACAAAGGUUCUUACUAUAACUCAGGGUCUCAGAGGAUCAGUGACAGUGAGUUUUCAGAUUAUGACUGUGAAGACGGCAUCGGAGUGGUAGCAGACUACAGACAGAACGGCCGGGACUUCCACAGCUCCAGCCUCUCAGUGCCGGAGCAGGUGAUCUCAUCCAAUCAUUGCUCCCGAUCCGACAUGGUCCGGAUGAGGUCACGGUCGCCGAGCCAACCGCCUCCUCAAAGCGGUAACCCUAUGUACCCGCUGUAUCGUGAAGACGCCGUGCGGCUGCUGCGAGGCUCAAAACUGAGCCGAGCGUACUCCGACGCCGCCCAGUACAGCAGCCUGGAUAGGAGACCACUGAGGAGAAUGUCUGUUGCCAACUCUCUUGAUUCCUAUGACAGAUACUUCGGUCCAAAUGCCACCUGGACAAACCACAUGAUGAACGGCCACUGUGAGGACUACAGUCAGGACUUCAUUCCCGACUUUCCUUACGAGCCAGAAGCCUAUGAUGAAGAGCUGCUGAGGUACAGCCGGGGGAUGGACCGGAGGGACUACUACAGCCGCUCACGCUCGGCCGACCAGCGAGCGAUGGCCGACCGGCCCGUCUACACGCGCUCACGCUCCACCGACCGAGCCGACUCCGCCUACCUUAGAUCCGGACGCUCCGCCCCUCCCUCACCUGCCCCGACCAGGGCGAACGCUCGAGGUGGUUCCAGCCUCACGAGUCCGACAGGAACACCGAUCUGCAGCCGCCGAGGUCGCCAGCUGCCCACCGUCCCACCUAAAGGAGCUCCAGAUAGAAAUGGAGGAGAACCCUCUGACUUUGUGGACUCAGUUUUGGCUGCGCCCACCACUGGAGCACCAAUGGCAACCAUAACCCCUCCCACCCCACAUCAUCAUGCCCCUCCACCUGUUAAUCACCAGCCACCUCCUCUUAUACGAGUCCAAGCCCCGCACCCUGCAUCGGUCCAACCCCAUCCACCUCCUGCACUUGCACCUGUACGAGCACCUGCACCUCUACGUGCACCCGCACCUGCAACUGCACCUGCACCCGCACCACCACCCGCACCCGCACCAAUACCCGCACCCGCACCAGCAACCGCACCCGCACCAGCAACCGCACCCGCACCCGCACCAGCACCAACACCUGUACCUUCCCCUGCUCAAGCCCUGCCCCCUGCACCUGCUCCUGUCGCUACACAGCUACCCCCUGAACCCACCCAGCCCCCUACACCUGCCCCGACACCUACUCCGACUCCCUCACUAGCGCCGCCCUCACAAACUCCAGAGCCAGACAGACGCUCGGCGACGCCUGGAGGGACUAGAAAAGAGGUCACAUGGGAGGACCAGCAGAAGAAAACAGCCAAUGAAUUUCCAGAGGAACUGAAAAAUCUGAUGACGAGACUUCACAAAAAUGGAAAAGGAUACAGGAAGAUUGGGACGGUGGUACCGGCAAGCACAGAAGGUGUGAUGAAGGACCCCUCAAAGAUGAGGGACAGCCUAUCCUUCAAAUCAUCAGACAGUGAUGUCAGCGAUGUGUCUGCCAUGUCCAACGCCUCCGACACCCGUUCUGUCCCCAAAAUCAGUGCGACAGAAUCUGUGGAGGGCCAAUCAGCAGCGGUGGGGGCGGGGUCACAAGGGACACAGGAAGUGGUGGGGCAAGCAGAGGGUGGAGCAACGCUGCAGAAGAGCCAAUCAGUGGAUGAACCGCAGGAGGAGCAACCUGAGGCUCCAAAGGCAGCACCGGCGGCUGGUGCUCCUCUCACCAAGUCGUCUAGUGUCGGUGGUGAGAUUUGCUCGUUGGGUCGAAACGACGAUGACGACGACGACAAGAAGCGUCGCUCGAGCUUCGGAGCAAGGAUGAUGGGAAUGGUGGGACUGGGAAAGAAGAGCCAGAGCGCCUCACAGCUCAACCCAGAAGAGGAGGAGAAGAAGAAGAAGGUGGUGAGACUUCCUGUCCAAAGGAGUGUAGAAACUGGUUUAGCGAUUGAGUUUAAAUCUCGCUUCACUCGACAGCCGAGUCGAGACCCAGACGCCGAGGAUCCCAAACCUGGAGCUCUUAUAUUUCCAGGAGUGAAGUUGGCUACAGACAAACAGUUCACUGGCUUCCUGGAGGGAUUAGGCCCCGCCCAGCUGGCUGGACGGCAGACUCUGGCCACACCCCCAAUGGGUGACAUCCAGAUCGGGAUGGUGUACAGGAAGGAGCGUCUGGACGUGGAGGUGAUUCGAGCCCGAGGGCUUGUGGGUAAACAGGGCAACAAGAACACUCCAGCUCCGUAUGUGAAAGUGUACCUGAUGGACAACGGGAAGUGCGUACUGAAGAGAAGAACUCGUCUGGCGAGGAAAACACUCGACCCUCUGUAUCAGCAGCAGCUGCAAUUUGAAGAGAACCCAGAGGGGAAGCUGCUGCAGAUCAUUGUCUGGGGCGACUACGGCCGGAUGGACCAUAAAUCCUUCAUGGGUGCUGCUCAGAUCCUAUUGGAUGACCUAGACCUGUCCAACAUGGUGAUUGGCUGGUUUAAACUGUUUCCUGCCACCUCAUUGGUGGACCCCGCCUUGGCCCCGUUAACCAAUAAGGAGACAGAUGGCGGCAAGUCGUAGCAACCAGCAGCGGGACUGACUGUGUCGUCAUAGCAACGGACGGGAGGGGGCAGGAGGGGACAUACUGUUGCUGGGCGGGGCUUUAAAAAAGUCCCACAAUCCUCCUCUGCUGCUGCAUGCUGCAUGAUGACAUCAAAUUGAUGACAUAAUAGUGUCAUGAUGAUGUCACCAGGAGGAGGAAGAGGAGGAAGAGGAUGACGAGGAGGAAGGCUCGACACCCCUGACCAUCCCACUGAGGGCAGGGCCACGCAGCAAAGGAUGCUGGGAAAAGAGAGCAGAGGCCAAGUGACGUCCAGCUGCCAGCCAAUCACAGCAGCUCCCCAGGAGUCAUGUGACUGUUAGAGGCAUGUCCAGAACCACAGACUCAGUGUGUCACCCGAUAGUUUCCAUGGAGACGCAGGAACAUGGAGGUCUGCUUCUUUAUGUUUUGUGCAUGGAAUGAUGAAAAGAUUAGAACAUAAAAACAUCAGAAGCAUCAACUGAAAAAAGAACAUGAGAACAUGAGAAUGUCGCCUGAAAACUGAAAAAUAAAAGAUUCUCAAAGAUU